AUGGCCGAAGCUACACCCGCACAGACGACCAGCGCGAGGCAAAUGACCAUCACACCGAAAUACAUCCCGUGCGCGCCCCGCCAUAGGAACAAAUCGGCAGACGUGAUCCGCCCGAAAGUGCCGUUUGAGGAGAUUCCGUCGGUCACCGAGACACGCAACCUUGCCUACAAGAUCCCGCCCGGAUUUGUCAGAUAUGGUCUGCCCUCAUCGUUCAAAAUCAAUGACCUCGAGGUUCAGAUGAACGCUAUCGGCACAAUCGUCGAGCAGCUGGAGGUGGCAUACCGAGAGAAGUACACGCCGGGCACUGUCACGUUCAACAAGCGCGGGAAGAUCAUCACGGCCGACAUCCAAUGGACCGGACCGACGCGAUUCGACAGCGCCACGCCUCUACAAAUCGAAGGUUACUCCCUCGCCUUCAUGGGCAUUGGCACCUUUACCCCGGACACGUACAUAACGAUCAAAGUCGCAAACUUGUCAGGAUCGCACGAGGCGUCGCUCCCCUCCCUUGCCCGAGUCGUGUCACAGAUCGUCCCCUACAGCCUUAUUGACGUUUGGACGACCGACCGCGUCCUCCAGUCCCGAGUCACGCAGCGCACGUUCCGCUCAUGGGGUGCCGAACUCUACCUCAUCUUCAAUCUGGCGAACACAGAAGAGGAAGGCAUCCAGGAGCAGUAUGAGGAACGCGCCGCGGCACUCCCGGGAUGGGUCACCUACGGCGGCCAAGACUACAGACUCGAAUACGCUUAUCGCUUUGACUACUGCACGUUCUGCAAAGCUGCAGCCAACGACCUGACCGUGCGCCACACGUACAACAGGUGCGAGGCCCGACUCUGUAGCUUCUGCAAAGAUCCCGGACACAAGCGAAAAGACUGCCCGAAGGCCAAGAGAGCACAGCGCGACAUGGACGCCGAUGAUGCCAAAGCGGUCGAGACCGUUGCCCUGCAGAGGGCGGCCCUCGGAUCGCGCUUGCACAACGAGAACCUCGCGAAGCGCAAACGCCUCCACAGGUACCGCCUGCCCACCUUCCCCCAAAGCUGUAACGACCACCACCCCCAACGUCGAGCCCACACGAUAGCAAUGCCGAACCUCAGAGUGCUCAGCUGGAACUGUAACGCAAUGAGCGGGAGAGCACUCACAACCGCCAGAGACUGGCUAUCCAUCACCGCCGACGCCGAUGUCGUCCUUCUACAGGAACCAUUCGCCCCGUCCAUACGCCACAUCUACGAACGGGACCCUGCCCUGAUCCCGAAAUGGGAGAACGUGGCACACAGCUCGAUACAACCGCAGCUCCACCGCGCGUAUAUCAGCGCAUUCGCAGCAGUGAUCAUUCUCAAAAGCGACCUCGUGGUAUCCUCGCAUCGCCUCCGGGGAGAAGGCAGGCUCGUCUCGGUCACGGUGACGGCGGGCGGCACAGAGCUUGAGCUGACCUCGGUCUACGCGCCAGCGGAAGCAGUACAGAGAAAAUCAUUCUUCGAGUCGCUCACGUUCGCGAGAUCCAGAGAUGGGCCCAUUCCGAUCUACGGCGGCGACUGGAACGACGCACCCUCGGCGCAACUCGACUUCCUCCACGCACGACAGGUUAGGAACCACCACUGGCCGUGUAUUGAACCCAAGGCGAUGAUGGCCAAACUUCACGAUGUCUUCGCGCUGCUGCACCCGGAAAAGCACGGCUUCACCAGGGUCAUGCACACCCCCGCCCGAACUACCGCGAGCCGGAUCGACUUAUUCCUAGUCCAUCAAGACCUGCUCGCUGCCUGCCAGUCCGUUGACGUUCUCCAAACCCUAGCCUCAGACCACUCAGCUAUCCUACUUCGAGUCGACGACUCUGACGGCGCUAUAGGCGCGGAGCCGAGAAAUGCGACACGAUGGACCCUCCCUCAGCGCAUAGCAACGUUUUCACCCUUUAAGACCGCAACGAGCACGUUCCUGGCAGAUGUAACACACGAUACGAUCGACCCCCCAAGAGGCACCAGUGUGGGACAAGAGUACAUGCAUAUGGUGGAACGAUGCCGGGCAUUCGCCAAAAGGAAGUCGUACGAGCUCAGCAACCACGCCAGACAGACGGCGGAAAAGAUCAGAGCCCUUCGCAUUGAGAUCGCGGAAUGGCCGCUAGACAACUUUGACCACACGAAAACAGCCUACCAACACAAGCUUGAGGAGCUGCGAGACCACCUAGCGCUCCAAACAAACAGGUCUCAAGGCCGGCCAAAGAUGGCAAAGUCUCCGGCCUCAGCCGCCAGUCUUCCGACCGACUCGGUCGUGCGGUUCUACACGGACAUGUUUGGCGCCCGGCCGGAGCCUCCCGUCGUGGAAAGGGCGAGAUCCAUGCUUCUUAUGACGUCUCCGCAGACACUAAGGGAGGACACGCGCGGAAAACUAGACACAAUCUUCUCUGUGGACUCGGUAUCGGCUGCCAUAUCUGCGUCGAAGCCCAACCACUCUGCGCCGGGCAAGAACGGCCUUCCGCACUCGUUUUGGAGAAGCAAUGACGACGCAGUGGCGACGAUGCUAACCCGCCUCCUGAAUACGCUACGGUCCGGUCGCUCCCUGCCCACUGUACAUCCACUGGCACGAGGCAUUCUGCUAUACAAGAGAGGAGACGCAGGGAACCCAGCCAAUUACCGCCCUCUGUCCAUCAUUGAUUCCGACCUACGCAUCAUGGACAGCGUCAUGCUCGCGCGCCUACAGUCCGCGGUCAGCGAAGUCACGCCCAAGACGCAAUGUGGCUUCAUAGCAGGCAGAACGAGCACGGAGGCAGCGGUGGUGCUACACACUGUGAUAUCGUCCAUCCAGACUGGAACAGCGGACUCGUCGUGCGCGAUCAUUGUCGACCAGGAUCAGCAAAAAGCGUUCGACCAGAUGGCACGCUCGUGGAUAUGGCAAGUAAUGAAGCAUCGCAACUUCCCGGCUUCGUUCAUUAGGACGCUACGCACAUUCUACCACCACCCGCACGUCGAAUAUGACCUCGGACACACCGUCUGUGCCCCCAUUCCGCUAGAACGUGGGGUACUACAGGGCAUGCCCACCUCGUCACUAAUCUACGUGCUGGUAUACCAACCAUUCCUCGACGCGCUGAUGCAUGACGGGAUCGGCGUCCGAGUCGGCGACGAAAAUACACCGCCUCUCACCUCAAUCUCAUACGCCGACAACAGCAACAUCUUCUUAGGGGACCCGUCUCAACUCGACCUUUACAACCACAGACGGGCGCAGUAUGACACGGCGACAGGCGCGUCGCUCAAUCCCUCCACGAAGUACCGAAUACUAGCGGCCCCAGACCUCAGAACACACCCGGAGGAGCAAUGGCCCAGAGGCCGCAUCGCGGAGAGCAAGAUCGACCCUUCGACAGAAUGGGAAUACCUCGGCUUCCACUUUCACGCUGAGGACAAGAUCUGCACGCUAUCGAGGGAAAGAUUGGUGCUACGCCUGCAGCAGCGACUAGCGGCGACGGCGCACAAGCGACAAGACCUUCUCACACGCGUAGACACGCUGAACAGCCAGGUGCUCUCCAUCCUGUGGCACUCCAUGGGAGUCGGCUUCAACCCUGCCACGCUGCACCAACGUAUACGUGCCAUGGUGACGCCAUGGCUCUUUUCCGGGCAGACUCGUGGCUGGAUUCCGUGGGAAACAUGCACGGCCCCAAGACAACAGGGAGGCCUCGGCCUGCACGAUCCGGAAUCGCGAUCAUCCAGCAUUCAAGCGGCCUGGCUAGCAAAGGCGCUUCUUGCAUCCAAAGACGAGAGCAGUCCAAUGUCCUCGUUUGUCCAUCUGAUCAAGUCACAUCUCCUGGAUCGAUGCGACGGCCCCCUUGGAGUUCUGCUCACGAGACGGUCGACAAAGUGGACAAACGCCCGCCUCGACCACGACCACGCCUUCGUUGCCUCCGUCCUUCAGACGGCAGAAACCUUUGACCUGCGCCUAGCCUCGACCGUGAACUGGGAGGCAAUCGACCCGCGAGAGGCAGCAGCGCUACCAUGGUACCUCCCCGAGUACCAGAUCGAGAACAUGGCCGGCAUCGGAGGCGCCCGAUACAUGCACCACAUCGCUGCGAUACGUCUUCAAGGCUUUGUAACCUUUGCGGACGUCCUAUGGGUUGAUCAUAGCUCUAGCAAGCUGGGUAUACCGUCGAUGGCAGAGAUCUCGAUCGAAGAUGACCGACCGCGCCACCACUGUCCAAGGUUCUCGGAGACGGCAGCACGCAACGUCGCAAAUGCACACGCACCGACCACAACCCAUACAACCUUAUACUGGCUUGCAUCUCGAUGGGACCGAUACUGGGAGUCGCUCCGGCGAGGCCUACGCGACUGCCUCACGAGCAUCGUGCCCUCCGUGCCACGCCGUGGUGCACUGAGAAGCCGACUCAUCCCGAACCCCGGCGACGCCGUGCCCCCGUGGGAGGUGAUGGUACUAGGAAACGAUCCGCUGCACCACAUCUCACCAAAGACGGCAGUCCACUACUGGGAGAGCAAACACGCCAAACGCCAGCCCAUGCCGGCCUGGGACCGCCUCCCGACGCGCCUACCAGCGGAGACCUUCUGGGCAAGAAUAUGGGCUCGCCUGCACUCAGUCAAGAUCCCGGAGGCACAGACAAUCUGGAUCACGCUCUUGCACGAGAAGACUCUCCGCUUCCGCGACACUGAAUUCCACGUAUGGCGGUGCGCGUGCGGAGAACGAGACUCGCCCCGGCACGGGUUUGCGACAUGCCCGAUGAUCCGGCAAUACUGGACCCACGUGUGGGGGAUCGUCAAGAGGGCGGUGACGGACGUACCGGUCGUGAUGCCGAGCACAGCACAGGACUUCUUCUUUGGAUGGCACGACCUCUACGAACGGAUGACCAAAGAAGACAAAGCCAGACUAACCUGCAUCCACACGGUCGCGGUUCUCUCGCUGGACACCGCGAGGAAGAAAGCGACGGCAGAAAGAGACAACCACCAACAAGACACCUUCCGACCCAUCUCUGCAGCCGCGGUGCUCCACUCGCACCUUACCCGUCUAGACGUACAGCAAAGCACUCUGUUUGCCGGCACAAGACUCAAGAAUGGCUGGGGUCUGGAUCUUCCAGACCUACAGGGGGCGUGA